ACUAUUGCUUCAAAUCUUGGACCAAACUGUAGAUUAUGCAACUAAUCUCCAAACUCAACAACCCCAAUUCAUCCAUGCAACUUACAUAAGCACAUACCCUUAAAUAACACCAGUCGUCCAACUUAGAAACAAGCUACAAGGAAAGGGAGAACCAAUACAUCUCGCGCUACCAACUAGAAAAAUCCCAUCAAGAUAGGUUAAAUCGACGACUUAAUUAUAUACUUAUUUCAUGGCUCGCACACUAGUACUCUUGGAAAACAAGUUCACUAGCCUAUCUCAACUAAUUGCAAGCCAUUCGAGGAAAUGGAAGCGCAAAUGGAGAGCAUGUUAUGGCUAUGGUGAUGAACAUGAUCCUGUUAUUCAACUCAACAAUGAAGAGAUUGAUCAGAGUUACUAUUUUGGAGAAGUUGAUCCAAACACAUGUAGUGGUGAAGUCUCUGCAAUCUGGAAGAAGAAUAUAAUCAUGGGAGGGAAGUGCCAGCUUCCUGAAUUUUCUGGUGUCAUAAUUUAUGAUACUGCUGGGAAUUUAGUUAAUCCCAAAAAUCCACGCCCUCUUGCACUUCCAUGGAAAGAAUAAUGUCCCUUGCAUUCAUAAAAAUGAUGAAUAUUGCUCUAAUAUUUAUUAUGUACUGGUUGUUUAUUUCCUUCUUUUCUUUCUUUUUAUUGUUCUUAAAUCUAUUGAGAACCAAGUGACUUA